UGUUAGAAUUGAAACAGCAGUCUGUCAAACUGGUUGGUGACACAGGUUGGAGUACGACAUGUGGAGAAAAAAAAAAGCAAAUAAAAAAGGAAACAGACAGCCGAAGAUUUUCCAGCUACAUGCCACUGUCUCUUGAUGUAAUGUACCAACCGGAACGACGUGGAGUCUUUUGACCACUAUCUGUUCUCUAUGAGAAAAGACAUGCAACAACACCUGAAAACACCUUUAUAAUUAGAUGCCUGAAAAAAAAAUGUGCAGGAUUUGAAACUCUUGAUAUGCAGAUUGUGUCUCCUGCACUGAAAUAAAAAAAAAAAAUGAUGAAAACAGAGGCAUCAGGAGAAAGAUCAACCCUUCGAAGUGCCUCUCCUCACCGGAAUGCGUACAAGACGGAAUUUCAGGCACUCAAAAGCACAUUUGACAAGCCCAGAAUCGAUGGAGAACAAAAACCAAAGGCAGGAACUCAGAACACUCAGCAGACUAGAGGGAGAAGAUAUGGCUCCAAUGUUAACAGGAUCAAGAAUAUAUUUCUGCAAAUGGAAUCAGGACCAAAUGACAGUACUGGGACGCCAUCUAAAGCGAAGGGAAAACUAGGUACUUCUCCUCAAAAGAUACAAAAGCCCAAAGACUUUGUGGAUAAAGUGGAUGGAUCGAUUGUAAAAGUGGUAACCACAGUUGGCAAGCAGGUUAGCAAAUGUGACACUCGUCGGGAUGGACCCUGUCAUUCCAAAUUCUCUGAAACGCGGAAGAUGUUUGAGCAGACCAGCUGUACAACAUCUUUAAACAAGGACAAAAAAGGUUCUCAAGAGUGUCUGGAUGACUGGAGGGUAUCCCGUUCUAACAGAAGCAGCACAGAUUCUCUGGACAGCUUGUGUUCAAGGACAGAGGCCUCUUCUCCAACAGUAAGCCAGCUCAGCGCUGUGUUUGAAAAUGUUCAACAACAAAAUGGAAGCUUGUUGGAAAAGUCUGAUGAUGGGGGACACAACAAGCUUAGUGAGGAGGACUGUAGCCUGCAGCAAUCACAAGUUCAAAGAAAUCAGGAUUUUGUUGAGUGUAAACAAAGAAUUCCACCUUCCUCAUCUUCAGAGGACCUCUUAAGCUCCAGUCCUUUGUCAGAUAAAACAGAAGAAAUGGGUCAUCUGGGAACUGGGGGGCAAGACAAAAAUGAAUUUGUUCUUAGUAACACUGUUGAUUUAGAUGCUUUGAAUAGCACUAGACCAGUGGGAACAGUGACAGAUACAGAGUGUCCAUUAUCACAAUGUCCUGACCUCCAAGACAAAUCAAAGAGAAUGACUGCACAGAAUGAAAUGGUGGUGGGUCAAAAGGAAUUAACAGGAAGUGAGGACUCCUCAGUUUGCUUUGAGACUGAGAUCACUGAGUGUACUGACUUCAGUUCUACCUGGGUUUCUGAUGACCAGGUAAAUGACAUACAUGUAGGAUAUGCAGAAAACAAGAAGAUAGUUGAUACUCCUGAUAGAGACAUUUGUAAUCAGGGUUGGGGUGAAAGCUAUACAGAACCUGAGGAUCAAGGAGGCAGUGAUGAGAGCAACUAUUAUGAACUGGAUAACAGUACUUGGGAAAUUCCUGGCUUGCCUGAAGAAGAAGAAAAAGAAGAAGAGAUCCCUUCAAAUAGAAAAAUUAGAUUUAGCACAGCUCCAAUCAAGGUCUUCAAUACAUAUUCAAAUGAAGAUUAUGACAGGAGGAAUGAGGAGGUGGACCCAGUGGCUGCCUCAGCGGAAUAUGAGCUUGAAAAGCGUGUGGAAAGGCUGGACCUUUUCCCUGUCGAGCUUGAGAAAGAUGAGGAAGGCCUGGGGAUCAGUAUCAUUGGCAUGGGAGUUGGUGCUGAUGCAGGUCUGGAAAAACUUGGCAUUUUCAUCAAAACGGUCAUAGAAGGAGGAGCAGCUCAGAGGCACGACAGAAUCCAGGUUAAUGACCAGAUUGUGGAGGUGGAUGGAAUCAGCCUGGUGGGAGUAACACAGAACUUUGCUGCUGCUGUCCUCAGAAACACAAAAGGCACAGUCAGGUUCCUUAUUGGACGAGAGAAACCUGGACAGUCUAGUGAGGUUGCUCAUUUAAUAAGCCAGACUCUGGAGCAGGAGCGACGUCAAAGAGAGAUGAUGGAGCAGCAAUAUGCACAGUAUGAUGCAGAUGAUGAUGAGACGGGGGAAUACGCCACAGAUGGUGAAGAGGAUGACACAGCCCCAGAACUCAAAGGUGCAGAAAUGGCAAUAGAAGUUUUUGACCUGCCUGAAACAGAGGAUAUGUUUUCCCCAACAGAGCUGGACACCACAAAACUUUCCCAUAAAUUCCGAGAGUUACAAAUCAAGCAUGCGGUCACUGAAGCAGAAAUUCAGAAGUUGAAGCACAAGUUGCAGACUGCUGAAAGUGAGAAAGUCCGAUGGGAGUGCGAGAAGAACCAGCUGAAACAAAGCAUUGAGGACAACAAGAGCAGGAUGCUGCAGCUGGAGAGUUACUGGAUUGAAGCGCAGACUCUCUGCCACACCGUCAACGAGCAUCUCAAAGAGACCCAGAGCCAGUACCAGGCCUUGGAGAAGAAAUACAACAAAGCAAAGAAACUCAUAAAGGACUUUCAGCAAAAGGAACUAGAUUUUGUCAAACGUGAAGAAGUUGAAAGGAAGAAGUUUGAAGACACAGAGAGAGCACACCUGGUAGAGAUCAAGGGACUGCAAACUCGGAUCUUGGAUCUGGAGAUAGAACUCUUUAGACUGAUGAAGCAAAAUGUGACUCAGGUGAACAACAACAAUAACAUUGCAGAGAGCCGGUCCUCCCAUGGGUUUGUGAGGAGAGGUCCCUCAGGAGAAGCAAUAGAAAGCUUGGAAGGAAGGCAGAAGUCUUGUCAGGCUGGCCCAAAUGGGGAUUUUAAUGAAGCCGUCCCUGAAACAGAAAGGCUAGACAGUAAUGUGUUGAAGGCACGGGUGCAGCAUUCGGUGAAGAGUAAAAGACACAGGCCCUCACGAGCCAGGCUGCGGGACAGUGUCAGCUCCACUGAUGGGGAGGACAGCCUGGAGAGGAGGACAACUAAAAUCCGGGAGCUGUCGCUAUCAGCCAGCAACCAACCCCGGACUACACUGCACUACUGUUUCACUAAUUGCUAUUUUAAUGAAGCCGUCCCUGAAACAGAAAGGCUAGACAGUAAUGUGUUGAAGGCACGGGUGCAGCAUUCGGUGAAGAGUAAAAGACACAGGCCCUCACGAGCCAGGCUGCGGGACAGUGUCAGCUCCACUGAUGGGGAGGACAGCCUGGAGAGGAGGGCUUUGGCUGGUUCUGGCAGCCCCUUGCUCAGUGCCAGGUCCCCUCUCCCUGUGACUCUGAGAACCUGUUCAGCUGCAUCAGACUCGGGUGCCUCCUCCCUGUCCACUGCAGCCCUCUCAUCUGAAUAUACACCAGAAAACCAGGAGGAAGGGCAGGAGCACCAUCACCCACAGCAGAGUAAAGAAAGGGAAGAUCUUCAGUCUCCAGUGCUUUCCAGCCCUUCCCUUGGACAGGAAGAAAAGGCUAAAAGAAAGCUUAUUGACCUUGGGGCUCCCCAGCGAUGGAGCUCUGGCAACGGGAAGAAGGGGAGAGAGAAUGAUAAAGAAGCUAAAAGGUUAUCAUCUGAAAGCAGGGCUUCUAAAGAGACCCAGGAACACUCAGUGACAACCUCCUCAGAGGGAGCGACCUCCUCCUUCCGGCUCCCUUGUGUACUGCUCCCCUGGUUUGGAGAAGGGGCCAAGGAUUCCACAUCAUCAAGCAACUUUCCCUCUCUCACCAGCUCGACAGAGCCUUCCUAUGAAAACAGCCCAGAAAAACACAAAGCCAAGAUUCUUGAUGAGGGACAGUCACCGAAACACAACCAGUGGCAGAAUCGAACUGUUCUCGAAUGGAGCUGCAAGCAGGUUUCACAUUGGUUGAUGGGACUAAACUUGGAACAAUACAUACCAGAGUUCACUGCCAAAAACAUUGAUGGGGAGCAGCUUCUUCAGCUAGAUGGGAGCAAACUGAAGUCCCUUGGUAUUACUACUUCCCAAGAUCGAGUACUUCUCAAAAAGAAAAUUAAAGACCUGAGGGUAUACAUGGAGAAGGCUCGCAAGACCAGAGAGAAACUGGAAAAGCACAGGGAAAAGCUACGCAAGAAAGAACAAGAGCAUCUGAAGAAGCAAGCUAAAGCAGGCAAGCCCUUAGCAGGACCAAGAGAGGGCAGCACUGAGUAAAACUUCAACCCUACUGAUUGCUUGGAGGAUUGUGAUACCUGAAAGACUCAAACCUGGAUCUGCUAUUCUAGAAACAUCAUCCUUCUUAAUACUACGGUACUAUUAAUGCUCUUACAAAUACAUUUGGCUCUGAGGUGGAAAUUCUGAUGCUUCAGUUAUUUUAUUUAGAUUUCUUGUGCUCAGUUAUAUUACCUUUAGCUGGAGCUGCACUUUUGGAACAGGGUUGAUCCACUCAUUGGACUCUGUCUAGUCAUCCUAGAGAUUCAUCAGGAAGCCAGCCAAGCAACAGCAAGGUGAACUGCCUGUUUAUGAAAGUGCAUUAGAGCUUCUUCAUGUUGGGGUGAUCUUACUAUCUGCACCAGUAUCUCUCAGCAGUGUACAUGAACUGUAUCUGUUAACUAAUACUAUUACUGGAUUACUCUCUCUUCUGAAUUAUAUUGUAUGUCUUGAUUCUUUGGUCUGUGUUAUACUGGUGUCUUAACUGAAACAAAGUGGUAUCAUUUUAAUAAUACAAAUUGUAAAAAUGGUAUGUUCACAAUAUUUUACAUGUAUAUCUGCAUAACUCUGGUGUCUGUAUCAAUGUGAUCUUGCUGGGGUUCUGUAAAUGACAAAACUGGUACCUGUGGGGUUAGUUUUUAUUUGAAUUUAGAAGUGUAGGACUGGUCUUUUAAUCAUGUUUUACUACGAUUCUUAAAAGCAUAAUCACCUGUGUAAAUUGCUAUAAUUGUAUUACAUGUUCUUGCAAUUGUUAACAAACA